AUGUGGGGCACGAACGAAGUGCCGUUCGGCCGAUCUCGCGCCCCAUACAGCCGGGGCUGGCAGACGGAGAUUGGAGCGUGGGGCGGCAGCUAUAAGCCGCCUCAUGCCCAAUCGCGGGAGCCCACAAGUGGUGACUCGUCGCCUCUAUGCGGGGGAGUCCGAUCGGUGGCCCUAUACGGGGCAACGGUGUGGGCGGGCGACCUGGAGGCCACCCGUCGCGCCAAGUUAGUGGUGCGCCGCUUUAAGCGGAGGGUGGCAGCCAGAGUCGCUCGCCUUUACCGGACCGUCUCCCAUAGGGCGACGGUUCUUGCGGGGCUAGCCCCCAUUGCCCUCCUGGCGCCCGCGUACGCAGGCGCGUACGGGCGGGCGCGGAGAGCAAAGGAUCAGGGGGUCCGGCUGACCGUGGGAGCCAAGGAGAUCCUUGGGAGACAGGCUCGGCAAAUGGCGCUGCAAGCAUGGCAGCGCCAACUCUCCGAUCCGGAUGACACAUCGGGUCGGAGAGUAGCCGAGGCCAUCAACCCCUGUCUGGCGAAGUGGUUGGACAGGGGAUGGGGCGGAGUCACGUUUCGGAUGGGCCAGGUACUCACCGGACAUGGAUGUUUCGGUGAAUACCUGUGCAGGAUAGGACGCGAGCUCGGGCCACGCUGA